AGUCCACAUUGUAACCGCUUCUACGAGAUCUUUUCUCGUUGAAAAGCACGUAGAAUUCGUGUUACAACUGACUUAGUACCUACACCCGCUCCACAGAGGAUACUUAGCCCCAAAGUUGUUUUUUAUCCACCCCUUCUAGUAUCUACACACUGUCAUUCUUUCGUCUGUCUUUGUGGAAAAUUUUUCCUAGAAACAGAAGUGGAAUUAUCAUAAAUUUAUACCAUUUUCCGCCUGGGUACAUCGAUACACCUCGACCUCUUAUGGUCUGGACCCUUCCGCCUUCCCGGAAGCAGUCACGACCCGACUAGUCCCCUAGUGGUGCUAAACGUAAUUUUUAUUUUUUUUUGUACUUCUUCUCAAAGUGUAAGAUAAUUUUCUUUGGAAAUAAGCAGAAUAGUGCCAGCCCUCCCCUCCCCCGCGGCGGCUGUCUAUGGUAAGGAAGUAUCGCACAACCUCCCCGAAACCAUGAUGAAGGUGCUUACCACGCAAAGCGGAAAAUCGGCCGACACGAUGACGAAAGAUGGUCCUGAGCUGCCAGGAGUUCUGUUAGCAAAAAUGGCACAAGCACAGCAAGACGCGUCGCCCGGUACUUUUAUCAAGAGCGACGACGCCGGUAGCCUUAGUUGCUCCUGUCCAGAAACUUCGCCGCGGGAUCACUACAUGGUUGAGAAUUCCGGAUACAAUUUGCGGAAAGUUUCAUCUGCGACGGAGGAGGGCCCGAGGAUCUGCAACGCCGAGCCGUUGGCCAUCUACUUGAAUGAAGAUGCUAAUAAGUCCACCGAUUGUAUGAAAACAGCGUCUUUCCGCAACAACUAUAUGCCGAGAGGAGAAGAAAUGACGAGUGAUGUAGUUACCCGGGCAGCUUCCUCCAACAGCCCGACAGUCUCGACGAGCUCCGGCACGCCGUCGGCGUUUCUCGGGAAAGUUGUGGAGGAAUUUGAGACUGGACUGGAUCAUCCCACACCAGGUUCUGCCUGUUCGACGGCUAGUGUGUUAUCUACAACUACGGCUGCAAUGGGAAACAAUCCGUUCACGAAGAGCUGCUGUGGCGAGGAAAGUCGUCCGGAGUUCAUGGUAAAUGAAAAUGGGUCAACGUGUGGACGGCGGGUGUGUAAUUGUACCACCGAGAGUUACAAUUAUGUCGUGAACGGAAACAACGACAUGGAGAUCUGCGGCUCGGAUAUUGUCGAAGAUCAGCGUGAACAAGAUUUUUCCACGACUACCGCAGGGUGUACCGGAGCCGCUGUGGUUGUUGAGCAAGUGGUUGUUGAGCAAGACAAUGAAGGUCUUCACAUGCACCAGCUGCACAAGGAAGUAAACUGCAGCCAGCGCGGCCGGUUGGAGAGUGCUUGUAGCAGUACUCGCGCCACCAGAAGCAGCAGUUUUUCCUCGAAAUUGCAUCUUGAUGAACAUGAUGGGCCGCACAAGCGGGAGGAGGUUAUUUUCAACGAUGACGACCAUGGGCGCAAGCGGGGGCCAUCGAAAAGGAGUGGGGAUCGUUGGAGGACCAGUAGGCACAGGAAUCACUACGAACGGAAAUCUUGUCGAGUACGCCGUGAGGAACAACACAAUGGGCAAUGCGAAUUUGAGAACUCAUCGGACCGCAGAGGGAAAAGUCCUACACCACGCCGCAACUUCCGCAGUCGCGACCGGCGCCGCGCCGAGACAAAACACCACGACCGGGGAGUCGAACACAAGCAGCGUGACCACGAUGAGAAAAGGGUGCGCAUCUCUAGCGCAGGCGGAGAUCGAAAAGCUACGAACACAGGCGACUUCAUCUUGCGCCCUAGCUCCUUCCGCGGACAGGACAACUGCAGGUCCGGUAAAGGAGACCUUCGCAAACAGGACAGCUCAGCUACGCAGCACGCGGCUGCCAGUUCUUCUUGCUCCAAAAAUGAUAAAGGGACGAACAGUAAAGGCAAGGGCAAGGGGAAAAAACGCAGCGGAGUUGUUGCGACCAAUUGCAAGAACAAUACCGGGUCGAAGAUGACAUCAGCAUGUAAUGGCACCCAAAGCUGUCAAAGCGAACCGAACAAACCGAAGUCCGCCUCUGUGUUGGUCACCCGCUUGAACCCGCUCACUUCCUUAUCCUGGGUAGAAACGUCUUCACUGCAGAGUGAAGAUGGGAAGUCCGCUAGACAAAUGAACAGGCUUUGGUUGUUGCGCAUAGCAAAUUUGGGCCUGCAAUGUCGUCGCGUUUGGCUAGCGCAGCAGCAUCACAGAUCUGGUAUCCUAUGCUGAUUCGAACAUGAGAAAUUUCAAAGCGCGACUAGAAAAUGCUUCUCAUGGGGCUCCGCAUGUCGAGAAACAUUUUGAGUAUGUAGAUUUGCAUGAGCACUCUGGGCUGGGGACGUUUCUUUACAGGAUACUCCCCCGACAACCUGCGCGACUUCAUGCACCGCUCGGGGUUCGGGCGGGUGAAAGACGUGUAUAUCCCGUUGGAGUACAAGGCUGAUCCGCCGAAGCCGAAGGGCUACGGGUUUGUGGAGUUUGUCCACGCGGAUGACGCGGAAUUUUGCAUUGGCAAGAUGCGCAAAGCCUUCGAAAACGAGGAGGACAACUUGAAUAUCCUCGACGGGCAGGCACUGAAAGUCGAUGUCGCCAAGGCGGACCGGAAGAAGAAGGAGGUCAUGUUCGCGAAGACUGGCGUGGAAUGA